AUGUGUGCAAGCCAUAUGCAUUUCAUCCAUGCGGUAGACACACAAACCAGACGUACUAUGGCGAGUGUCCUUCCAAAAAGUAUGAAACACCAGUAUGCACUGAUAAAUGCCAACGAGAUUGUAGCAAAAAAUUACUACACGAUAGCAGCAAACGAAGAAGCUAUCAAGGAAGAACUUAUGACGAACGGACUGGUGCAAUCAGCAUUUGAUACUUAUGUAGAUUUCCGGCCAUACUCUGGAGGGAUCUAUGAACACAUUGCUGGCGCACGCAGUGGAGGUCAUGCAAUCAAAAUUAUUGGUUGGGGUGUCGAGAAAGAAGGACAGAAAAGGCCUUACUGGAUUAUCGCUAAUUCGUGGAAUAUUGACUGGGGAGAAAAAGGAUUUUUCCGCAUGAUCAGAAGCAAAAACAACUGCAAACCGGAAGAGUUAGCAAAAGCUGGUAUGAUGGACGUCUAG